GCCUCGAGAAAAUCAUGUCUGAUGAAAAUCUACAAUUGUCGCUCGUUCCUCACCCACACACACGUACGCUUCCUUCUUUCUUUCCUUCCUUCCUGUCUAUGUAUUUAUAUCGAACGAAAGUGCCCAUACAAAUCAACAGACCUUCCUCUGUCCCCCCCUGUCCGAUAAAACCCUUCGUAAAACAUUAAAGUCCAAUCCAACGGUCAAGAACACAUCGGCCACGUUCGGUCGAUUUCCGGAAGCUCAUUCGAUUGGGUCUUCCGAUAAUCGCCACUAUACAUAGUACGUUCAGUGAAGCAUCUGAAGUUUGCUCGUCUAUGGCCUCUCCUAUGCUUCAGUUGACUAUUUGGUGCAUCUUUUGCUUCAUAAAUUGCUGCCUCUGCCUUUCUUCAGCGGUCGGGAAUGCCAUACUGCCUCUGAGGAUGGCCCGCGUGGGCGCCGCGGAGGCUGCCAGCAGACUGCCAUUCCGCCACAACGUGACCCUCACGGUGACCCUGGCCGCGGGGACGCCGCUGCAGCCGGUCACGAUGGUCCUUGACACCGGCAGUGAGCUCUCCUGGCUCCACUGCAAGAAGUCCCCCGGCCUCCGGUCGGUCUUUGACCCAGCUGCCUCCAGGUCCUACUCCCCGGUUCCCUGCUCCUCCCAGACUUGCCGGACCCGGACUCGGGACCUGCCCGUGCCCGCCUCUUGCGGCCCCGAGAAGCUCUGCCACACUAUAGUCUCAUAUGCAGACGCCUCCUCCAUCGAGGGCAACCUCUCCUCAGAGACGUUCCAAAUCGGGACGACAGCCAGGCCCGGGUUCCUUUUCGGGUGCAUGGACUCGGGCCAGAGCAGCAACCCGGAGGAGGACUCAAAAACCACGGGGCUGCUCGGCAUGAACCGCGGGUCCCUAUCCGUUGUGACCCAGAUGGGCCUCGAGAAGUUCUCGUACUGCAUUUCGGGCUCGGAUGCAACUGGCAUCCUAUUAUUUGGGGAUGCAAACUUCACGUGGGUCGGCCCGCUGAACUACACCCCGAUGAUUCAGAUAUCGACCCCGCUGCCCUACUUCGACCGGGUCGCAUACACGGUCCAGAUGGAGGGGAUCAGGGUCUCGGGGAAGAUCCUGGCGCUCCCGAAGUCGGUCUUUGUCCCAGACCACACCGGCGCUGGCCAAACGAUGGUCGACUCCGGGACCCAAUUCACCUUCCUUCUCGGCCCCGUCUACAAUGCACUGAGGAACGAGUUCGCCGAGCAGACAAAAGGCCUGCUGAAACUGUACGACAACCCGAAUUAUGUCUUCCAAGGGGCAAUGGAUCUAUGCUUCCUUGUUCCAUUGGGACGGGCCAGGCUUCCCGCGCUACCGCAUGUGGCCCUUAUGUUCAGGGGCGCGGAGAUGGUAGUCUCGGGCGAGAGGCUGUUAUAUCGGGUCCCUGGGCUGGUCAAGGGGAACGAUCAGGUGCACUGCUUCACGUUCGGGAACUCGGACCUCUUAGGCGUCGAGGCGUUCGUGAUUGGAAAUCACCACCAGCAGGACAAGUGGGUGGAGUUUGACUUGGCGAACUCGCGCGUUGGUUUGGCGGACGUCCGGUGCGAUCUCGCCAGCCAACGGCUGGGAUUGGAUUCCUAGGCGGGAGCACCGUAGAACGGGCUUUAGGUGAUCGUAGUUGUCUGGGGCCCCACAUUGGCCAAUCAGUGGCCCACCGUAGCGGAGCUUGUACGUGCUGCUAUAGGUGGGCCAUUGAUCGGACGUUGUGAGCUUCGGUUUGGUGAGUGAAGUGGGGAUUAUUAUUUGGGUGAAAUUAUUGAAAUUUGUACUGUAUAUUUCUAGUGUCCCGUAUCUGUUUGAUUUCACACAAUUUUUUAAUGUAAAUAUUUUGUAUUUUCCAUUUGGGAUUCUCUGAAUUCUGUGGUGAGUUUGGUGGAGUA